AUGACAAGCCUCAAGAGGCCUACGGCCAACGACCAGUCGCAUCUGAACCUCUCCAGCAAGGUCUACGUGAGAUCUACCAAGAGCGGGAAGGUCCAGAAGAUCGUCCGUGAGGUCUACCUCAGGCAGGACAUCCCCUGCUCAUCGCAGAUAUGUUCGAACUGCCGACCGCCCGCCAAUGCAGCCGGACAAGUGAGCCCCCCGGUGCUUUCGGACAAGCCGGCCGGCACCAAGGCCUUCCCUCAAGGCCAUUAUCUCGUGCCAGACACGAACGCUCUGCUGAACGCCAUGGAUCUAUUUGAGCAAAGCUCGGCUUUCUUUGAUGUGAUUAUUCUGCAGACAGUAUUGGAGGAGCUCCGCAACAGGUCGUUGCCACUGUACAACCGGCUCAUUGGCUUGACCAAGAGCGAGGACAAGCGUUUCUAUGUCUUCUUCAACGAGUUCAGGCUCGAGACAUAUGUGGCUCGGGAGCAGGACGAGAGCAUUAAUGACCGCAAUGACCGAGCUGUGCGUCAGGCUGUGCAAUGGUACAACAUGCAUCUCGCCCAGGUGAAGAGCAAACGCUUACCCACCGUGGUGAUGCUCACCGACGACAAGGGCAACAUUGAGAAGGCGAAGCAAGACAAGGUGCCUGCGGUUACGCUGCGGGAUUAUGUCGGCGGGCUCGAAGACGCGGAUCGAUUACUUGACAUGAUUGCAGAAUCUCGGGAACGAGGAAUCUCACGAGACAAGAAGGCGGCCGACUUUCUCUACCCUGAAUAUUUCACCAUGUCGAAGAUGAUGACAGGGGUGAAGGGCGGCAUGCUGCACCAGGGUAUUUUCAACGUCUCGCCUUACAACUAUCUUGAAGGUUCAAUCAAGGUACCAGCUUUUCCAAAAGCUCUUCUCAUUCUAGGAAGAGAUAAUAUCAACCGAGCGGUUGACGGUGACGUGGUUGUCGUAGAGGUUCUCCCAAAAGACCAGUGGAAAGAGCCUUCCACGAAAAUCAUUGAGGAGGAGGCUAUUACGAAAAACGAGAAUGCAGAUGGGGAUGAGGGCGAGGAUCUUGUUACCGAGAAGGAGAGACGGGCCCUCCAGGAAGAGGUCAAGAAGACGCACACCUCAAGCUCAGAAGGCCGACCUCAACCUACAGCAAAGGUUGUUGGUAUCAUAAAACGAAACUGGCGUCAAUACGUCGGCCACAUCGACCAGUCUUCUGUGGGAUCUGCCGCAAAGUCUGGCAGAAAACAAGAUACUGUCUUCUUGAUACCCAUGGACAAGAAGGUUCCGAAGAUCAAGUUGCGGACGAGGCAGGUUGGUGAGCUUCUAGGCAAGCGGAUCUUGGUUACCAUCGAUGCAUGGGAUCGGGAAUCUCGUCAUCCAGUCGGCCAUUUCGUUCGAUCGCUGGGUGAGCUGGAAACGAAGGCCGCCGAAACAGAAGCUCUGCUGCUUGAGCACGACGUUCAAUACCGGCCGUUCCCCAAAACCGUUCUGGAUUGCCUUCCUAAGGAAGGGCAUGACUGGAAAGUACCGGCAAGCACCGACGAUCCUGGCUGGAAAGGACGAGAAGAUCUUCGUGGUCUACUGAUUUGCAGUAUCGACCCUGUUGGAUGCCAGGAUAUUGAUGACGCGUUACAUGCCAGAGCACUGCCGAAUGGCAAUUUCGAGGUCGGUGUACACAUUGCAGAUGUGUCCCACUUUGUCAAGCCUAGCAACGCUAUGGAUAACGAGGCGAGCAUACGGGGUACCACCGUCUACCUGGUCGACAAGCGUAUUGAUAUGCUUCCGAUGCUGCUAGGCACAGAUCUCUGCUCGCUAAAACCGUACGUGGAGCGGUACGCUUUCUCGGUCUUAUGGGAGCUUAACCAGUCAGCUGAUAUCGUCAACGUGCGAUUCACAAAAUCGGUUAUCAAGUCCCGCGAAGCAUUCAGCUACGAACAAGCACAGAUCCGGAUAGAUGAUGAUUCACAGCAGGAUGACUUGACUAAGGGCAUGCGCACGCUGCUCAUGCUCUCGAAGAAGUUGAAGCAAAAGCGCAUGGAUGCUGGUGCUCUUAGCUUGUCGUCUCCUGAGGUCAAGGUCCAAAUGGAAUCUGAGACCUCGGAUCCCAUUGACGUCAAGACCAAAGAGCUAUUGGAUACCAACUCAUUGGUUGAGGAGUUCAUGUUGCUGGCAAACAUAAGCGUGGCAGGCAAGAUUUACGAAGCAUUCCCCCAGACUGCCAUCCUGCGUCGGCACGCUGCACCGCCCAAGACGAACUUUGACGAGCUCGCCAACCAGCUCAAGGUCAAGCGAGGGCUUGAGCUACACGUAGACUCCUCACGCGCCGUCGCCGACUCUCUCGACGCCUGCCGGGAUCCCAAGGAGCCUUUCUUCAACACCCUCAUCCGCAUCAUGGCCACCCGCUGCAUGAUGAGUGCCGAGUAUUUCUGUGCCGGCACGCAGGCAUACCCAGAGUUCCGCCAUUAUGGUCUCGCUUCAGAGAUUUACACGCAUUUCACAUCCCCCAUCCGCCGCUAUGCCGAUCUGUGCGCUCACCGACAGCUGGCUGCCGCGAUCGAUUACGAGCCCAUGCACCCGAGCGUCCGCUCGCGCGGCAAGCUGGAGGCGGUCUGCAAGAACAUCAACGUCCGGCAUCGCAACGCACAGCUCGCGGGCCGAGCAUCCAUCGCGUACUACGUCGGCCAGUCACUCAAGGGCCGCGUCGCCGAAGAGGAAGGCUUUGUUAUGAAGAUUUUCAGUAACGGCUUCGUGAUCCUAGUGCCACGUUUCGGCAUCGAAGGCCUGAUCCGGCUGAGAGAUCUCGCCGAGACCGAGCCAGACAGCGUGUAUGAUGCAGAGAAUUACACGUUGAAGUUGAGCGGCAGCCGCGACUUGACGGUCGAGCUCUUCCAGAAGGUCGUGGUUAGAAUCAGCGACGCCAAGGACGAGGCAACCGGGAAGAGGGGGGCUAAGAUGGAGUUGGUGAAGGUGAUCUGA